CAUCUCUUUAUUCGUUUAGAGGUAUCUUGAAGAGUUCCUCAACAGUCUCCUUCUUAGUGUUCUACCAUGUCGAUCGAGCCGUCCCGCUACGGCCCGGACUUCCACUGCGUCACGGUGUCGCGAGAUGUCUUCGAAGUCCGCUCUCACUACGUGAACUUGCGCCCCGUUGGUGGUGGCUCCUACGGCAUCGUCUGCUCCGCCGAAGACACGCUACGAGGACGCAAAGUGGCCAUCAAGAAGAUCACAGACGUGUUCGAUGACCUCACAGACGCCAAGCGCAUCUUGCGCGAGAUGAAGCUACUCCGACACCUCGGAGUGCACGAAAACAUCAUCAACAUUCUGGACGUGAUUUUGAUCCCGCCCAACGUUAUGGACUUCCACGAUAUCUACAUCGUCACGGACCUCAUGGAGAGCGACCUGGAACGGAUCAUCAGCUCCUCGCAGCCCCUUUCUGACGCGCACUUCCAAUACUUUUUGUAUCAGAUCUUGCGAGGUAUGAAGUUUGUGCACUCAGGAAACGUCCUACAUCGCGACCUAAAGCCGUCAAAUCUGCUCGUCAACUCCAAUUGCGACUUGUCUAUUUGUGAUUUCGGAUUGGCACGAGGAGUGGAGACGGCGCACAACGAAGAUCUCACCGAAUACGUCGUUACGCGCUGGUAUCGAGCACCGGAGCUGCUCACAGACUGUCAGAACUACAAUGACGCAGUGGACGUGUGGGCUAUCGGAUGCAUUUUCGCCGAAAUGCUACGUCGUCGACCUUUCUUCACAGGGCGAGACCCGUCCGAUCAGCUACACAUGAUCAUUCGUGUGCUAGGAUCACCUACUGAAGAGGAAAUGGCCUUUGUGCCUCACGAAGCUGCGAAGCGAGCCAUCUUGCAGCAUGGGUUUUAUCCAAAGCGCCCGUUGAUCGAAUUCUUUCCGGAUGCCAACCCACUGGCAGUGGACUUGCUCUCUCAGAUGCUCAAGUUCAAUCCGGGUGAGCGCAUUUCCGUCGUCCAGGCAUUAGCACAUCCAUACUUGGCGCAGCUUCAGAACCCUGCGGACGAACCUGUGUGUGCCGAACCUUUUAACUUUGACUUCGAGCGUGAGUCGCUAGACUUGGGUGUUGAGAUGCCCAAGGAGGAACUGCAGCGGUUGGUUUUCCAGGAGUGCAUGUCGAUUCAUCAGUUAGAAGCUCAUCAUAUGCAGUAAGCGGGCGAUCGACUGACUCUUGUAUCUACCGAACGAAGGCGGACGGAGAUUCGACAUACACCAUAGCGCUCAUUAAGCAGCCCGGUAUGCAGUUCAUGUAUUCAUUAAGGCCACCGGCUAAGUUCCCACCCACAAAUUCCUUAGGAUUACAGAGCAAUCCCUUAAUAGAAACACUCGGAUCCUAGCGACAACGGCAUCAUCGUGAAGCAACAAGAAUUCCUGCCACUUGCAGGCUGCCAUGCAGUGCCAGCACGCCAUUCCCGGCGUGGUUUCCUCCAGCGACAGUCUGUGGCGGGAUUCCCGAGUCGGGAAAGCGGUCAAGUUGCAUGGGUGGCAACGGGCGUCCCCGUCUGACUCAUUAGUGCAGGUUCUUUGCAGCGCGAUCUUGUGAGGACAUGGGUUUCUUGAGGAAUGAAUACACGUAUCCAAAGACUUCCAAGCAUCCAACCUUUAAGUCUGAAGCCACCGAGAGAUUCCUUGAUAUGAUACGAUACACUCGUCACCAUGGCAAGUUCCCUAGUGGCGUUUGCAAGUGAAUGGAGCUCCAUUAAUGCUGUCUUUCGGUGCUCGGCCGAGCAAACCGCGCAUUGCACAUCGCAGCGGCUACGACCCCCGAUGGAAGAUUAGCUAGGAAAGCAACACCGAAAAGAUAACGUGCAUGGGACCUGUCCUAUAGACACUUUUGGCGAUCGCCUAUAUGUACACUUUUGGUUUAAUGUCGAUGGGAGGAUGGAUAAACAUG